GAAGAGAAAAAAACUAUAAUGGCUUUCCAAAAAGAGUACCUUGAUUUGUUCUUGGUACCAAGUGGCCUAAUUAUUAUGUUUGGUUAUCAUCUUCAUUUGCUCUAUAGAUACCUAAAAGUUCCUCAUACUACUGUCAUGGGAUUUGAAAAUAACGACAAAAGAGCUUGGGUUGAAAAAGUUAUGUUGGCUGAUAAAAAGAACAUUGAUACAGCUCUAACUGUUCUAGGAUCUAGUCUCUCUGGAGCAACAUUCUUGGCAUCUGUUUCACUAAGUUUGAGUUUUCUAAUUGGAGCUUGGAUGGCCAAUAAUAGUGUUUUCAGUAGUGAAAUAAUAUAUGGUGACACAAGACUAGAAACAAUGUCCAUCAAAUUCAUUAGCCUUUUACUCUGCUUCAUGCUGGCAUUUUCAUGCUUUGUUCAAUCGUCAAGGUGCUUCAUUCACGCGAAUUACCUAAUCAGCACGCCUGAUACUGAUAUACCGGUUAGCUACGUUGAAUUGGCUGUGAUAAGGGGAGGUGAUUUUUGGUCACUAGGACUUAGAGCACUCUAUUUUGCUACACCUUUGUUGUUAUGGUUUUUUGGACCAAUUCCUAUGUUUGCUACGUCGAUAGGAAUGGUUUUCCUACUCCAUUACCUCGAUAAAAACACGAAGCAAUUGCAUAGGCAUCGAUCGUUUGUUAAAGGAAAGCAGCCAUACGAGAGACUCGAGGAAACAACGAGUAGGAAAGUUCCUAUCGAGCGUUUAGUUAUGUGAAAUUUCUGUCCUUGAAGGUUGUACAAAAUAUGAGUUCUAUUCUAAGGUUAUCUGAAAGUAAUGUAAACAAUUGUAUGUAUUUAAAGACAAAUUUCUUGCAUAAAUUUGCAGGAACUAUGCACUUGGUAGCACAAAACCUCUUCUUAUUCAUGAACUAUGAAACAAAAAAAGAGAGAGGUUGUAUUUGUUAUUUCAAAUAAUUAUAGAUCAGAACAAGAAAGGCUACCAAACAGCGAUAGAUUCAAAAUUUAGAUGUUGUGAGUUUAGA